CUACCCGGCCACGGCUUCCUGCAUGCCCAUUCAAACAAGCCUCAUCCAGCAUGUCUUGCAUCUAGCCUGUGCCGCGAACCCCACCUCGCUCACUCUGUCCCGUUCCUCACCACUCAUCAUUGGAACGCUGGCUGCUAUACUAACAGUUGCAACAAACAAUUGCAUUAAAUCUGCUUACGAUACGGUAUAAUUUGCGAACGUGCUCGCUAGAGCACCGCAUCAUUAGCGGCUGAAAAGCUCAAGACAACAACCCCAUAUAUCCGCUCGCCAGGUUCUUCAUACCACACAACAGCAAAAUGCCUACCGUCGAAACCACGCCUGUAUCCCGCGCCGGAAUCACUACCUCUGCGACUGGCGAGCGACACAUUCCCUCUUCGACACGCGCCGACGGUUCCGUCCGGAAAGAAAUCAAGGUACGCCCGGGCUAUCGUCCUCCCGAGGAUGUCGAGAUCUACAAGAACCGAACCGCAGAGGGCUGGAAGAACCGCGGAAAGGGCGGGGUUCCAGGGGCCGAAGGUUUAAAAUCAGAGGCCGAGCCCACCAAGCCAAACACCGCCGCCGCCAGCAAAAAUGCCAAACGAAGGGAAGCAAGGAAGAAAGCCGCUGCUUCAACGGUCGAUGGCCAGGAGGAGGUGAAAACCUCGGAUGCACAGGUCAAACCCGAACAAGAGAAGCCUGUUGACCCGGAAGCGGAGAAGGAGAAAGAAGCAAAGAAGCUGUCGAAGAAGUUGCGACAGGCACGAGACCUCAAAGACAAGAAGGAACAGGGCGGUGUUCUGCUGCCGGAGCAAUUCGAAAAGGUGAUUAAAAUGAACGAAUUGAUCCGGCAACUGGAAAACCUGGGCUUCAAUGCGCAAGGGGAGAAGAUGACUGAGACUUGA